GUGACACAAGUCCAGGAUAUUCUGCACCAGCAAGAGAGACAACUGUUUGUAAAAGGCAAGGACAAAACACACAGGCUGGAAGAUCACAAUGAAAAUGCUACUAAAACAGCUCAUUUUGCUGGUGGUUAUGGUCGGGUUGAAUUGUUCUGAAAACGGCGAGCCAGAGGAACCCGAGAGCGAGCCCAAUGAUGAGAGCCCUGAUAGCCCAGAACUUCCAGUAGCCCCAGCAACCCAACCUCAAGCUUCCCCCACUGUUAUUCAAGGCUGUCCAAACUGGAUGGCAGGAAUACCGGGCAACCCUGGACAUAAUGGCAUUCCAGGGAAGGAUGGUAGAGAUGGUCGUGAUGGUACAAAGGGAGAUAAAGGAGAUGAAGGACAACAAGGACCAAAGGGGGAUGAUGGAGAGCCAGGAGCAUCAGGUGUUGAUGGAGUAGAAGGGCUUCCAGGAACUCCAGGAAGGAAAGGGGAUAAAGGAGAAAGUGGCUAUAGUUACCGCUCAGCAUUCAGCGUGGGACUGACCUCAAUAAAUCCCAUCCCGAAUAUCCCCAUCAAAUUCACCAAGAUCUUUUACAAUCGGGAAAAGCACUACGAUGAAGAGACUGGUAAAUUCACCUCUCCUUUCGCUGGGAUCUACUUCUUUUCGUAUCAUCUGACCGUCUAUACUAAAGACGUCAAAGUUGGUCUGUACAAAAACAGCAAGGCCAUCGUUUUUACUUACGAUCAGUUUCAGAAUAAUGAUUUAGAUCAGGCUGGAGGCUCAGUGACAAUUCAUUUAGACGCAGGGGAUUCUGUGUGGCUACAAGUAUAUGGAGAUAAUACAUUUAAUGGAAUUUAUGCUGAUAACAAUAAUGAUUCCAUGUUUACAGGCUUCCUUUUGUAUCCUGAUUUAUAUUAAAUAGGUUGCACUUCUGCAACGUUAUGUCCAUCA